UGCUCCACGCUGAUUGGCCGGGCCCUCCUCCUCCUUCUCCCCAGCAUCGAGAUCGACCAGAAGCUGCAGGAGAUCAUGAAGCAGACGGGGUACCUCACCGUGGGGGGGCAGCGCUACCAGGCGGAGAUCAACGACCUGGAGAACCUGGGGGAGAUCGGCAGCGGCACCUGCGGGCAGGUCUGGAAGAUGCGCUUCCGCAAGACGGGCCACGUCAUCGCCGUCAAGCAAAUGCGGCGCUCGGGGAACCGGGAGGAGAACAAACGGAUCCUGAUGGACCUGGACGUGGUGCUCAAGAGCCACGACUGCCCCUACAUCGUCCAGUGCUUCGGCACCUUCAUCACCAACACCGACGUCUUCAUCGCCAUGGAGCUGAUGGGCACCUGCGCCGAGAAGCUCAAAAAACGCAUCCAAGGCCCCAUCCCCGAGCGCAUCCUGGGCAAGAUGACGGUGGCGAUCGUGAAGGCCCUCUUCUACCUGAAGGAGAAACACGGGGUGAUCCACCGCGACGUCAAACCCUCCAACAUCUUGUUGGACGAACGGGGUCAGGUCAAACUCUGCGAUUUCGGCAUCAGCGGCCGCCUCGUCGAUUCCAAAGCCAAGACCCGAAGCGCCGGCUGCGCCGCCUACAUGGCCCCCGAGCGCAUCGACCCCCCCGACCCCACCAAGCCCGACUACGACAUCCGCGCCGACGUCUGGAGCCUCGGCAUCUCCCUGGUGGAGCUGGCCACGGGGCAGUUCCCCUACCAGAACUGCAAAACGGAUUUCGAGGUGCUGACGAAGGUGCUGCAGGAGGAUCCCCCGCUGCUGCCACCCGCCAUGGGCUUCUCCGGGGACUUCCAGGCCUUCGUCAGGGACUGCCUCACCAAGGACCACAGGAAGAGACCAAAGUACAACAAGUUACUGGAGCACAACUUCAUCAAGCGCUACGAGACGCUGGAGGUGGACGUGGCCUCCUGGUUCAAGGACGUCAUGGCCAAGACAGAGUCCCCUCGCACCGGCGGUGGCCUCAGCCAGCACCACCUGCCCUUCUUCACCAGGUAGCACCCGCCGCCCGCCCACGCCCACGCUGGCCGUGACACCCGUGGCCGUGACACCCGCCCGUGGCCGUGACGCCCGCGACGGCCAGCCCGCGUGCCCCGGCAAGCCGCACGGACGCUCACGGUUGUGUCCCGGCGUGUCCCCGCUGCGGCCUGGCGCUGGUGACGGCGCGUCCUCCCGGCGUGUCCCGCUGGAACCCGGCACCUCGUGUCCUCGUGCGUCCCGGCG